AUUAUAGCCAUGCGAGCUAUCCCUGUGCUCAGCUGCUGGGAGAGUGCAUACAUGGCUUGUGUGACAGCAACAGCGCACAGAAGCUGCAAUGAAAUGCAGUUAGCAAUACAGUUGGGAGACAGGCAGCGAGGCAGGCACUGGUCCAGCGACUGAAAUGAUCCUACCGUGAGCCAGCCUGCAGCGCCUUCAAAAGUGGCUGACUACUGCACAGGAGCUCGGCUUUCUUUGCAAUUACUCCAGUUCCCCCGAGUGACUGCAGUGUGUGCUUCGCUUCACUCUUGUUGCUUUUUGUUUGGUUUUGUUGGCACGGGGUAUUUUUUCCCUCCUGCCUCCCUCUCUCCUCCCGUGUCCUUUUCUCCAGGAUGGCGGAAGCAGAGUUGCACAAGGAGAGGCUCCAAGCCAUAGCAGAGAAAAGGAAAAGGCAGACUGAAAUAGAAGGCAAGAGACAACAGCUUGAGGACCAGAUACUUCAGCUGCAGCAUUUCAAGUCAAAAGCUCUUCGGGAAAAAUGGCUGCUGCAGGGAAUUCCUGCUGGCUCUGCCGAAGAAGAAGAAGCCAGAAGGAAGCAGUCAGAAGAGGAUGAGCUGAAGGUGAAAAAGCUGGAAGAAAAUAUACACAGGCUGGAACAAGAAAUACAGAAAUUAGAAAGUGAGGAAUCUCAAAUAUCUGCCAAAGAACAAAUCAUUUUGGAGAAACUAAAGGAGACUGAGAAGUCCUUCGACAACUUGCAAAAGACUUUCUCACACCAGGAUGGUGAUGCAGUAAAUUACAUUUGCUCCCAGAUCCCUGAACUCCCAACCCUCUAUUCACGAACAGCAGAGCCAGUUCCUGGGAGGGACGGAGCAAGCAGAGUAGCUGCUUUGUGCACCAUGGAAAUUAAUGUGGAGAAAGACAAACAGACAGGAGAGACCAAGAUUGUCUCUGCUUCACCUGUUGGCCCAGAUGAGGCCCAUCAAAGAGGAUUCAAAGUCUAUGAUGAUGGUACCAAGGUAGUCUAUGAGGUUCACUCUGGUGACACAGUGGUAGAAAAUGGAGUACAUAAAUUAAGCUCAAAGGACGUAGACGAACUUAUGCAAAAAGCUGGACAAUCAAAUGUAAAAGGAGGGUAUGAAAUAAUGACUGUGUCAGACAGAAAUGCAGUAGCUGAUGGAAACCUUAGCCAUAUGAAGGAGCAAAUGCUCUUCAAGGAGGCAAAGCUGGAAAUGGUACACAAACCAAACAAAGGGCAUGCUGUGAAUCCCCAGCACCAAGACAAACCCCGUGGUGGUGAAGUUCCAGAGGCCAGUGCAGAUCAGCCAGUGACAAUGAUAUUUAUGGGCUACCAGAGCAUUGACGAUGAAGAGGAGACGAAAAAAGUGCUGGGCUAUGAUGAAACCAUCAAAGCAGAGUUGGUUCUGAUCGAUGAAGACGACGAGAAGUCUUUGAGAGAGAAGACAGUGACAGACAUCUCCACCAUGGAUGGGAACGCCGCUGAGCUGGUCUCUGGCAGGCCCCUGUCGGACACGACAGAGCCCUCCUCUCCUGAGGGGAAGGAAGAGAGCCUGCCCUUGGAAGCUGCCCCAGGCACAAGAGAAAUGGACAUGCUUCCAAAAGACCAGCAGGGACUGUGCUCCUUUGAAAGCCCUGAAACUGAGGAGAGGACAGAGAAAUCUUCCAGAAUCCCUGAGGAUGACAUCAGGUUAAAAAAAAAUAGAGACCAAAACUGUGCCAAUUUCUUGGAGCCAGCUUCUGCGCUUGCUACAAAGGAAGAAAAAAUGGAAAUUGAAGUUCCAGUUUCUGAACAUAAAAGCAUCACCACAGUGGCUUCAACACAUCCUGUAGACAAUCCAACCCACUUCUUUUCUUCUGCUGCCAGCCACAAUGGACUUAAGGACAGGCAUGAAUCUCUGGACAGUGAAGUUGCUAAAGAGAUCAGAUAUCUAGAUGAAGUGCUGGAGGCAAACUGCUGUGAUUCUUCUGCAGAUAAUACCUUUAAUGGAACAUCCUCUCCUGAGCUAAGUGCAGUCACCAUUAUGGAUGGCUCAGGAGCAUCCAUUAAUGUCUCCAAUGAUUCAGUACCCAAUGCGAGGGAAGAAAAUGUAGGUGACAAGCAGGCACCCUUGGUUGUUAAACCACAGGAAGCUAGUACAGCAGGGGAGAACCUGAACUCUAAUGGCCAUUCUUUGAGUGCGCUGAAAGAAGACACUGGGGAAAGUCUGAAGAUGCCAGGAAGCCCCACUUCUUCGAACAGUUCUAGAAGAUCUUCUAAGGAUGGAGAAACAACUCUUACAACCCUUAAGAAGGAGGCUAAGUUUGAAUUACGAGCUUUCCAUGAGGACAAAAAGCCCGCUAAGCUCUUUGAAGAUGAGGAUGAGAAGGAAAAAUACAGGGUCCGCAAAGUGAGACCAUCAGAGGAAAUGAUGGAACUUGAAAAGGAAAGACGGGAACUCAUUAAAAGCCAGGCUGUCAAGAAAAACCCUAACAUUGCCGCCAAAUGGUGGAACCCUCCGCAGGAGAAGACCCUGGAGGAACAACUGGAUGAAGAGCAUCUGGAAUCCCACAAGAAGUACAAGGAGCGCAAGGAGAGACUGCAGCAGCAAAGUGCAACACCAGCAUCCCCCAAACAGGUCAGCUGCUCCUUUGUACCACCCGAGCCAGUGAAUAUCAAGAAAGAGGAUAUUGUCACAGAGCAAAUUGAUUUCUCAGCUGCCAGGAAGCAGUUCCAACUGAUGGAGCAUUCAGGUCCAUCUCAGGGUCAGGUCCCACCAAGGCGGUCAGGAACACCCAAAAUGUUCUCCGUCAAACCAUUCUAUAAAAGCCUCAAUCCUUCAAAUGCAGACAGGCCUCUGUCCACCAUUACAAGACCUGUUUCAAUGUAUGGACAAACAGGACAGCAUGAGGGUAAUGACAUCACUGUUGUCAAAGCACAGAAAGUCUCCUGUUCUUCAGAGGAUGAUACAAAUGCUCAGAACAACAGCGCUGACCCAGUAAGAGAGUUACCAGGUAGUGACAGCUCCAGAACUGGACAGACCUCAAAACUGUGGUCAGAGGAUGGAGAAUUCAUGAGUGCAAGAGCAGUCUUCACAGUGGUGAAGGACGAUGUACAGGGUGUGCUAGACCAGCUCCCAAAGUCAACCAGCGCCUCCUCCCCUCCUGAGGAGCUUGACUCUGGUUUGGAUGAUUUGUCUGUAAGAUCUCAGGAUACCACUGUCUUGGAGACCCUUUCCAAUGACUUCAGCAUGGAUAACAUCAGUGACAGUGGUGCCUCUAAUGAAACUAUGAGUGCCCUGCAAGAAAGCUCGUUGGCAGAUUUCUCCCUGCCACAGACCCCACAGACCGAUACUCCAGCAGAAUGCAGGGUUGAAGGCAUGUCCAAAUCAUUCAGUGACCCAGGCUGUGACUCACUGUCCUCCGCCUUGGCAGACUCUAUGCUGAUUGACAACCAGCUGGAGUACCAUGCUGGUCUGCUUGUUCAGAAUGCCAUCCAACAAGCCAUAGCCGAACAGGCAGAUAAAACAAAUGGCAAGGAAGAGAAGAUCCCAGCAGAGCAGGAUAUCUCUGCCAAAGAGCAGCCGGCCGCCACCAGGCUAUCUCCAGCCCCUAAGGAGCAGCAGAACCCAAUGUUUAAGCCACCCCAGGUGUCUUCACCUGUUCAAGAAAAAAGGGACACCAUACCAAAGACUUCAAAAGAAGACGACUCAGGACUCAGGGAAGGGAAGAGUUUGCAGCAGUCGCCUGUGUACUCUGCCAGCCAGCCAUUCCUUGUGGAGGAGAACAGGCACGAAGUCAGUUACUUCAGCAAGUAUUCAGAGGCAGCUGAGCUGAGGAGCACUGCCUCCAUCCUUGCCACGCAGGAACCUGAAGUGACCGUGGGCCCUUUCAAGUUGCGAUCAAGGAAGCAGCGGACUUUAUCAAUGAUAGAAGAAGAGAUCAGAGCUGCCCAGGAGCGAGAAGAGGAGCUGAAGAGGCAGCGGCAAGGCCUGCAGAUGGCACCGAGCCCUGUGACGAAGAGCGCACCACCCCUGCCCACCAGAACAGUGUCUUACAAAACUGCACCAGGAAAGAUAGAGAAAAUCAAGCCUCCUCCGUCCCCCACCACAGAGGGCCCUGUCUCACACUCCGACCUGCCAGCUGAGGAACCUGCAGGAGCCCAGCGACCCAAGAACCUGAUGGAGACCCUCAUGGAGGAUUACGAAACACACAAAACCAAGAGACGAGAGAGGAUGGACGACAGCAGUGUGCUGGAGGCCACCAGGGUGAACCGCAGGAAGAGCGCGCUGGCUCUGCGCUGGGAGGCCGGCAUUUACGCCAACCGGGAGGAGGAUGAGUAGCUGUGUGGCAGCACCUGCGAAACAACAACAACAACAACAACAACAACAAAGGAAAUAUACAAGAGAAAGGAGGGAAAAAAAAAAAAAAAAGGAAAAAAAAAUAAGCAGCAGCAUUUUAAUCCGAUAUUUAUUAAAUACACAACAAACUCAAUGAUGCACACAGACACAGAAACGAUCCAGCUCCCGGCAACUCUAAAACAACAGGAACAGCCCCCUCGGAAAACUCCCCCUCCUCCCACCCCCGCUUCCCCCCUUGGAAAUGGUGCCGGGGUUGCAGGGCCAGGGAACCCCAGGGUACACUGCGGGGUCCGCGCCCACAUCGGCAUCGCCCUGCAGCGUGACGACGUCACCCUCUGAUGCUGUUUCUUUGAGGGGACUGAAAGGUUCGGGAUUGGGAUUGGAGUGGGGUUGGGUUUUUUUGGAGGGGGGGUCUGCGCCCCUUAUCUAGUAAUUUAUCUGUUUAAAUGAAAAAAAAAAAAUAAACAGGGAAGCAUCUAUUGCAAAUGUACAAUCCAGCAGACUCAGUAAAUACAGCCCUUGUGUUGCAAACACAAGCCAUCACAAUUCAGGAGUGGAAUAGAUGGGGAUGAGAGCUAAGCCAAAUGGAUCACCUUAGCUUUAGGAUCCUGUAUGCUUGCAAUAUCACCUGAGCUCCAGGUUCUCAGAUCAUAUUUACCUAACAAAGUUUCUAAAUAGAAAGUCUGUAUUUAGCGGAUGACAACUAUUUUUUGAUGGUGGGGAGGGAGAAAAGAAUGGCGUGUGUGGAAAACCAAUUGAGAUGGAUAGUUUGAAGCAGAAAGGUAGUGGGGAAUGAAUACAAAUAAAGGACAUUUAAUUUUUAAAAAAGGCAAUAAUUGAACUAAGCCAGACUUUGGCCUAGGAAGAGGUAUGAGAUAGAGAGGAAAGAGAGCUACGUCUUUCACUAUAUUUAUAUGACAUAAAAAGCCUUUGAAGCAGAGUGCUUUGUGGGAGCCUUUGGGUCCCCGGGCAACAAGAAGUUGGGGGCAGGAGGGAACGAGGGGGCAGGCAGGGGGGGAAGCGUGACGUUUGCCAUCCAGCCAGAGCGUGCAGCGCUGCAAGCAGACCACAGGGCCCAUGCUUGUUGCUUUGGCCCGGGAUCAGCCGCCAGGGGUUCGUGUGCAUCUGUGUGUGCAUGGGGCGCGUGUGCGUGUGCAAGGAUACGUGUGGCGGUGUGCGUGUGUGGGUUGUUUUCUCCAAGGCUGUGUACCAGCUGUAGGGGUGAGUGCUCAUUUCUUUCUUUCUUUCUUUCUUUCUUUUUUUCUUUCUUUCCUUCUUUUUUUUUUUUUUCGUCUGAAAGGGGAUAUGAAAACAAGGCACUGAGUUAAUGCAGUAUUUGUGAUAUCAAAAUUUGACCCAACAUGGUAUUUGCAUGAGUCACAAUUGCAAAGUAUUGACCAAUUUUGUAAGCUGACAAUUAGGAGAAGAAAUGUGGUAUUUAUUCUUGUGCUUUGUAUUUGUAUGUAGUAUAGAGGCUGCGGGUUUACUCUUUUCACGCCAGCAAUACAGUAAGAGUAUUUUCAACUGGGAACCAUAAUUUCUGGACCAGAAAUGAACAAAUUUGGGAAGCAACAACAACAACAAAAAAAUGCUGAGCUUUUUUCUAUAUGAAAUGCUCUGCCUUUUUUAUAGACAAGCAGUAAUUAUUUUGACUUCUUUUUAAAAACCACGAUGCUGGUCCUCACCCACGCCUCUCCUUGGCUUCACGGCCUGCUGCGCUGCUUUGUCUCAAAGCAGCGAGCUCACUUCAAACGAGUACCAAUACUGUGAACACCCUCCUGGUGCUUUUCUUCAACCAACACAGCGCUUGCAACCAAACGAUACUACUCCCCACAAUUCCCCCCAGCAUGCCUGUGGACAUUUUGAGGCCCAUUUCCAGGGAACUGUAGCACCCAUGAGCUUUGUGAAUUGUCUCCCUCCAUGCCGUGGAGCACAAGAAGGCAUUGCUGACCUGUGAGACAAGGUGCCCUGAGCAGUGGGCCCCACAUCAGAUGAUGCUCCCCAAAACCGGGGCGCAUCUGUAUUCUCCUCCACCCAGAGGUCUGCUUUCGUCCCACACCGGCUGACAUUGGUCACCCAUCUCAAGACACCUCCUUGUGCUUUGUUGCCCCUUGGUCCUCGAAGCGCAAACCUGAUUGCCCUUAUGAGGGGCACAGUUGUGGGAAAGGAGCUUUGGGGGUGUCCACUUCCCUCCCCAUGGCAGUGGCAUGUGCCGGCCCCGGGCAGCCAAACUUUGCAGCCAGCAGUGUUCUUCUCUUCCAGAAAUUAUGGGCAUUUGUCAGCAGUGCACACUCGGUGUGGCAGUAGCACGGGUGCUGUGCAGCUCACUCGCCUCUCUGUUAUUUCAUUUGCAUGCUACCAGGCUUAGGUGUUUAUAAGUAUACGCCAGUAAUACAUACCUAUCUAUAUAUAACUAUAUCGAACGCAACCAAGGAGCACUAUUGCAGAGUUAACUUUGUCUCCACAAAAGAAGCGCUCAGAUCCUUUCCCGUGGCAAAGACUGGUUUUAAUGAAACUGUGUAUUGAGAAAUAGUUAAGCAUUAGCAUUUGUGAUUAUAAGCAGUUUGGGGUUACAGUGGAGGUUUUCUGAACAAUUUGUUUUAAAGGCUGCCAGUUUGGGCUUCAUCUCGCUCCAUACUGACAUCAUCCGAAGGAAAACAGAAAAACAUCACUUUGUUUGGCAACCGGAAGGCGGCAUCCUUGUCAUGACUCAUCGAACAGCUUCAACAGUACCUGGCUUUCUGUAUGUUAACCACUUCAAUGUUAUCCUGCUUCUGUUUUAUAGUGACUGUGAGGCCUACAAUGCAAGUAUAUAAUUAUUUUCUCAUUAAAA